CGAUGAAGCGGGAUUUGUUGCUCUUUGUUUUGGGGUGGAUCAAACUCCCGUGGCUCGUGGAUUGUGUCGUUGUUCAUGUGAGUGAGAAUGCGGGAAAGGGCACCGCGAUCGCCGGUCUGGAGCGAAGCGCCGCUUGCGCGCUGGAGCAGCUCAUCAUGCCGCGCUUCGCCCGGAGUCUCCUGCGCCCGGAUGCGGGUGUUCUGACUCUUUCUGACGCUUUGAACUGCGACUCGGUUCUUCUGAACCCGUUCAGCGUGUACGCGGUCGCGGAGUGUUUGGAUAACGCGUCCGGUUUUAGACACCUCGUAACGAGUCGGUAUGAUGUGCACGUACACGGGAAGAACUGCGCGAGGGAACGCAAACGGGAAUCAAAUAACCUGGACGUGGAGAUUAUAAGUUUAACAGACGCGACUUCAAAGUGCCACGAGGCGAACACUGCUGUUUUCCGGGUGUUUGGUGUGUUACCGGGCAACUGUCACGUAACCGGGACUUCAGCGCUUUAUAUCUCCAAAGGGAUGCUGUUCACUUCCGCUCCGCUGUGUUUCACUCGCGACUCGUUGCUGGAGUUUACGCUGCGCUGCGAAAGAGGCGCACGUAGUGGUUUCGCGCAUGCGCAUUGGCGCGUGGGCCGCGGCCCUUUCACGCAAGCGCACCUGAGGAAGGUGCUGCAGCGGGCCGCGGAUUCGAACUCGGGUCUGCUGAGCAGAAGGAAGAGGAAUGUCAACAAUAACCCUCAGUUUCAACCUCCCAUGUAUCAGGUGUCCGUUCCAGAGAAUCAACCAGCUGGGACUUUUGUUGUUGUUUUAAAAGCAUUUGACCCGGAUGAGGGUGAAGCUGGAAGGCUGGAAUAUGUCUUAGAGGCAUUGUUUGAUAGUCGCUCCAACAAUCUCUUCACUGUCGACUCGUCAAGCGGAGUCGUUUCCACCGUGGAGAUACUAGAUAGAGAAACUAAGGACAUGCAUGUUUUUAGGGUCACGGCGGUUGAUCAUGGAACGCCACGACGUACGGCAAUGGCCACUCUUACUGUAACGGUUAGCGAUACGAACGAUCACGACCCUGUAUUUGAGCAGCAGGAUUAUAAAGAAAGCGUACGUGAGAAUCUGGAGAUUGGUUACGAGGUUCUAACUGUGCGCGCCACGGAUGGCGACGCUCCCGUUAACGGAAACAUCCUUUAUCAUUUGCUGAACAACAACAAUGAGACUAACGAUGUUUUUGAGAUCGAUUCCCGGUCUGGCGUUAUUCGCACGCGAGGACUGGUUGACCGCGAAACGGUCGAAUCCUAUGUGCUUCUAGUCGAAGCCAAUGACCAAGGACGGGAUCCCAGCCCCCGAAGUGCGACGGCGACCGUCCACAUCGUCGUGGAGGAUGAUAACGACAACGCGCCGCAGUUCAGCGAGAAACGCUACGUCGUUAAGGUUCCCGAAGACUUGACGCCCAACACCGAAAUCCUGCAGGUGACGGCGACAGACCAGGACCGCGGGAACAAUGCCGUUGUCCAUUUUAGCAUAAUGAGCGGCAACACAAGGGGCCAGUUUUACAUCGACGCCCAAACGGGAAAAUUAGAUUUGGUGAGUCAGCUGGAUUACGAGAUGAAUAAAGACCAGAGCGGCGGAGGCCUGAUUACGCUCGCGCUACCGUUGGACUAUAAACUGGAAAGACAGUACGUCCUCACCGUAACGGCGUCUGACGGCACGCGCUUCGACACCGCUAAGGUUUACGUUAACGUAACGGACGCUAACACGCACAGGCCGGUUUUCCAGAGUUCGCAUUACACGGUCAACAUCAACGAAGACCGGCCUGUCAGGACGAUCGUAGUGAUGAUUAGCGCGACGGACGAGGACACGGGCGAGAACGCUCGAAUCACGUACUUCAUGGACGACAGCAUCCCGCAGUUUAACAUCGAUCCGGAUAGCGGUGCGGUAACCACGCAGAUGGAGCUGGACUACGAAGAUCAAGUUUCCUACACGCUCGCCAUCACGGCUCGAGACAACGGCAUCCCGCAGAAAUCCGACACCACUUACUUGGAGAUCCUGGUGAACGAUGUGAACGACAACUCGCCCGUGUUCCUUCGCGACCGCUAUUUGGGAUCAGUCAUGGAGGACAUUCCCACGUUCACCAGCGUCCUGCAGGUGUCCGCGACCGACCGAGACUCGGGCCUUAACGGACGUGUCUUCUACACGUUCCAGGGCGGAGAAGAUGGAGAUGGAGACUUCAUCAUCGAGUCCACGUCGGGGAUCGUACGAACCCUGCGACGCCUUGACCGAGAAAACACGCCCAUUUAUAACCUCCAAGCCUUCGCGGUGGAUAAAGGUGUUCCGCCGCUCAAGACGCCGGUUGAUAUCCAGGUGACCGUUUUAGACGUAAAUGACAACCCGCCUGUGUUCGAGAAAGAUGAGUUUGAUAUCUUUGUAGAGGAGAACAGUCCCAUCGGACUCGUGGUGGCCCACAUAUCUGCGUCAGACCCAGACGAAGGCAGCAACGCUCAAAUCAUGUACCAGAUCGUCGAAGGCAACAUCCCUGAGGUCUUCCAACUGGACAUCUUCUCCGGCGAGCUCACCGCUCUGACCGACCUCGACUACGAGACGCGUUCGGAGUAUAUCAUCGUAGUUCAAGCCACGUCUGCGCCGCUGGUCAGCAGAGCCACGGUCCACAUCAAACUCAUCGACAAGAACGACAACGUCCCCGUCCUCAAGAACUUCCAGAUUAUAUUUAACAACUACGUAACCGAUAAGACCAACAGCUUCCCGUCGGGUGUGAUCGGCCGGAUCCCGGCUCACGACCCGGACAUCUCCGAUCAGCUCCACUACAGCUUCCAGGCUGGAAACGAGCUGAAUUUGGUGCUUCUGAACCAGAGCACCGGAGAGAUCCGACUCAGCCGAGCCCUGGACAACAACAGACCGCUGGAGGCGUCCAUGAAGAUCUCCGUCUCGGAUGGCGUUCACUCGGUGUCGGCUCAGUGUCUGCUGCAGGUCACCAUCAUCACGGACGAGAUGCUCUCCAACAGCAUCACGCUGCGAUUGGCCGACACGUCGCAGGAGCGCUUCCUCUCGCUCCUAUUGGCUCAGUUCCUGGAGGGCGUGGCCCGCGUUCUCUCGGCGUCCCGUGAAGACGUGGUGGUCUUCAACAUCCAGGACGACACAGACGUCAGCGCCGGCAUCCUGAACGUCAGCCUGUCGGUGGCGGCCCCGGGUCACGGGGUCAGCGGCGGAGGUCGCGUGGAGUUCUUGGGGUCGGAGGAGCUGCAGGAGCGUCUGUAUCUGAACCGCAGCCUGCUGGCGCAGAUCUCCUCGCAGGAGGUGCUCCCGUUCGACGACAACAUCUGCCUGCGCGAGCCGUGCGAGAACUACAUGAAGUGCGUAUCCGUGCUGAAGUUCGACAGCCUGGCGCCGUUCGUGGCGUCCGACACCAUCCUGUUCCGGCCGAUCCACCCGAUCGCCGGGCUGCGCUGCCGCUGUCCGCUCGGCUUCACGGGCGACUACUGCGAGACGGAAAUCGACCUGUGCUACUCCAAACCCUGCGGCGCUCACGGCGUCUGCCGCAGCCACGAGGGAGGCUUCACCUGCCAGUGUCUCCACGACUACACAGGUGAGCGAUGCGAGAUCUCGUCGAGCUCGGGCCGCUGUGCCGAGGGCGUGUGUAAGAACGGCGGGACGUGUCUCAAUCUGCUGGUGGGCGGCUUCAGGUGCGAGUGUCCUCCCGGAGGCUUCGAGAAGCCCUUCUGCCACAUGAGCUCCAGGAACUUCCCUCCGCAGACCUUCAUCACCUUCAAGGGUCUCCGGCAGCGCUUCCACUUCACGCUCUCGCUGUCGUUUGCGACUCGAGAACCUGACGGUCUGUUGCUGUAUAACGGACGCUUCAACCAGAAACACGACUUCAUCGCUCUGGAGAUCGUUAAUGAACAGAUCCAGCUCACGUUCUCCGCAGGAGAGACGCAGACGACGGUGUCGCCCUUCAUCGCGGGCGGAGUGAGUGACGGGCGCUGGCACACGGCACACGUGCACUACUACAACAAGCCCGUCCUGAACCGCGCAGGUCUCCCUCAGGGCCCAUCCGAUCAGAAGUACGUCGUGGUGACGGUGGAUGAUUGCGACACUUCAGUGGCGCUGCGCUUCGGUCACGUGAUCGGAAACUACUCGUGCUCCGCCCAGGGCAGCCAAUCAGGAUCCAAGAAGUCUCUGGAUCUGACGGGGCCGCUGCUGCUGGGCGGCAUUCCCAAACUCCCCGAGGACUUUCCCGUCCGGAGCCGGCAGUUCAUUGGCUGCAUGAAGGACCUGCGCAUCGACCAGCGGCACAUCGACAUGGCCGGAUUCAUCGCUAAUAACGGAACCCUAGCCGGAUGCUCUGCGAAGCGUCAUUUCUGCAGCACUAACCCGUGUCUGAACGGCGGCAGCUGCGUCGAUCUGUGGGGUUCGUUCCGAUGCGACUGUCCGCUGGGAUUCGGAGGACGGAACUGCGAGAAAGUGAUGCCCAACCCGCUGCGUUUCCAUGGUAACGGCCUGUUGUCGUGGCGGGAUCUGGCCGCCAUGGUAACGGUUCCGUGGCACCUGGAGUUCAUGUUCCGCACGCGACACCCGACGGCGACGCUGAUUCAGAUCAGUUCAGCGCAACAGCACAACCUCACCAUACAGCUGAGGGAGGGUUACGUGUUGACGUCGGUCCAGCGCGGCGAGGACUCCACCGUGUCUCGUGUUGAUGAUGUCACAGUGAGCGACGGCCAAUGGCAUCAUCUGUUGCUGGAGCUGCGGGGCCCCGCGGCGGGCGGCGUAACGGCGGCGCUGAGCCUCGACCACGGCCUGUACACGUCGUCUAUGGAUCUGGACUCUAAGCUGAAGAGUGUUAAACUGAAGACUGUGAGUGUCGGUCGUCACAUUGGUUGUCUGCAGGGUUUGCGUCUGGGUGACUCCGCCUCGGCUCUCGUGUUUCCCAGCAUGCACCAGGCUGAUGUGGUGAAUGUGGAGUCGGGCUGCAGUCUGCCGAACCCCUGCGGGUCGAACCCGUGUCCGGCUCACAGCGACUGCAGCGAUGACUGGGACACACAUUCCUGCAGAUGCCACAGCGGUUACUACGGCAACAACUGCAGCGACGCCUGCGCUCUGAACCCCUGCGAGCACCAAUCAGCAUGCAGCAGGAAGUCAAGCUCCGCCCAUGGAUACACGUGUAACUGUCCCAGCAGCUACUUCGGCCAGUACUGCGAGAAAAAGAUGGAUCUGCCGUGUCCCCGCGGAUGGUGGGGCGAUAAGUCAUGUGGUCCGUGUAACUGUGACACGGCUAAAGGAUUCGACACCGACUGUAACAAGACCAACGGCGCGUGUCGCUGCAAGGACAAUCACUUCCGGCCUGCGGCGAGCGCGGCGUGUCUGCUGUGCGACUGCUACGCCGUGGGCUCGUUCUCGCGCUCCUGCGACCGGGACAGCGGUCAGUGUCCGUGUAAGCCGGGUGUCAUCGGGCGGCAGUGUGACCGCUGUGAUAACCCCUUCGCUGAGGUCUCUUCCAGCGGCUGUGAAGUGGUCUACGACAGCUGUCCGCAGGCCAUCGAAGCAGGAAUCUGGUGGCCGCGGACCAAGUUCGGUUUACCAGCGGCCGUCUCGUGUCCGAAAGGAUCCAUGGGAACUGCGAUCCGUCACUGCGACGAGCACAAGGGCUGGCUGUCUCCGAACCUCUUCAAUUGCACGUCUGUGAGCUUCAGUAAACUCAAGACACUGUCGGAGCGUUUGGCGCGUAACGCGUCUCUGAUGGAUUCCGGUAACGUCCAGCAGAUGGCGGCGCUGCUGAGUAACGCAACGAAGAACGCGAGACAGUUCUACGGCAGCGACGUGAAGAUCGCGUAUCACCUGACGCGCGCCAUACUGCAGCACGAAAGCAGCCAGCAGGGCUUCAACCUCACCGCCACGCAAGACGUCUUGUUUAACGAGCACCUGAUGCACGUGGGCAGCGCUAUACUGUCGGCGGAAACACGCGGACACUGGGAGCUCAUCCAGCAGACGGAGGGAGGCACGGCUACACUGCUGCGACAGUUCGAGGAGUAUACGAACACGCUCGCGCAAAACAUGAGGAAGACCUACCUGAGCCCCUUCACCAUCGUCACGCCCAACGUCGUCAUCUCCAUCGAUCGUUUGGAGAAGAUGAAUUUCGCCGGCGCUAAACUGCCACGUUACGAGUCUUUGCGUGGGCCACGCCCACUCGACCUGGAGACGGCCGUCACUCUUCCCGACUCGGUCUUCAUCCCCGCCCCCGAGGGCAAAGGUCAGCGGCACAACAGCGAGCAAAUCGCAGAGUCCGGCCGAAACCACACAGCGAAUCGGAAGAAACGUCACCCGGACGAGUGCGAGCAGGACGCCAUCGCCAGCAUCAUCAUCUUCCACAGCCUAGCGGCGCUGCUGCCGGAGCGAUACGACACCGACAAGAGGAGCCUCAGGGUUCCCAAGCGUCCGGUCAUCAACACUCCUGUGGUCAGUAUAACGGUUCAUGAUAACGAGGAGCUGCUGCAGCACACGCUGGAUAAACCCAUCACGGUGCAGUUCCGUCUGGUGGCCACUGAGGAGCGCUCUAAACCCAUCUGUGUGUUCUGGAACCACUCCAUAGUCACUGGCGGUCCGGGCGGCUGGUCUUCUAAGGGUUGUGAGGUGGUCUUCAGGAACAGCACACACAUCAGCUGCCAGUGUUACCACAUGACCAGCUUCGCCGUGCUCAUGGACAUCUCACGUCGAGAGAAUGGAGAGAUCCUGCCGGUGAAGCUGAUCACAUGGAGUUCAGUGGGCGUGACGCUGGGCUUCCUCUUCCUCACCAUCGUCUUCCUCACCUGCCUGCGGGAGGCGAGCAGCAACAAGACCAGCAUCGUCAACAACGGCGCGGCCGCGCUCUUCAUCGCGCACCUCGUCUUCAUCCUGGGCAUCAAUCAAGCCGAUAACCCGCUUGGCAUGAGCACUCAUGAAGUGUUGUUUUGUUUCAGCGGAGACGAUCUGAACAGCAGUCACCUGAGUCUGAGUGAACACAACACACUCUUCAAAGACAAAGAGCAGAUAGACGAUCACGACUCAGACUCUGACAGCGAUCUCUCGGAGCUGGAGGACGAUCAGAGCGGCUCGUAUGCGUCCACACACUCAUCCGACAGCGAGGAAGACGAGGGCGAGUUCCCGCAGGAGGAAUGCUGGGAGAAUCUGGCCACCAGCGGCCCCAUCAAACCUCACGAUGUGUGGGAGGGUGAGACGGGAGCAGCAGACGAGCGUCUGAAGGUGGAGACGCUGUCCAAACCCGAGGACAGAGCAGAGGAUCAUGGGACGGAAAACCUGCUGCUGCUGCUGGCCAGUUUACCAAACACCAGCGCACCGCCACACAAAGGAAUCCUGAAGAAGAAGCAGCUGUCGCCCAUCGCCGAGAGGAACGCCAUCAAUCACAUACACAACCAGCUGUCUGGAGACUCCGCCUCCUCACGGGGCCCCUCCUCCAGCGAGGGCCGAGGGGGCGGGGCUAGACGGGAUUAUCAGAAUGGGGCGUCCACGAGCGGAAUGACGAAAAUGCUCGACAACGACUCGUCUGAAUCUGAGUGA